AUGUCUUCACCCCCAGCACUUAACACACCUCUAACCAAGCUGUUGGGUAUUAAAUACCCAAUUAUGCUGGCAGGUAUGGCCCGAACCUCUGGUGGGCCUCUCGCCGCUGCAGUCUCCAAUGCUGGAGGCAUCGGGACAAUCGGCGGACUGGGCUACACUCCAAAGCAGUUACAAGAAAUCAUCGACGAACUGAAAGAAAACCUAACCGACAAGUCGCUCCCAUUUGGCGUCGACCUGGCCCUCCCACAAGUAGGCGGCAGUGCGCGCAAGACCAACCACGACUACACCCACGGGCAGCUGGACGAGUUGAUCGAAGUGACGAUCCGCAACGGCGCGAAGAUCUUCGUCUCGGCCGUGGGCGUGCCACCAGCACGAACGAUCAAACGGCUGCACGAGGCCGGCAUCCUGGUAAUGAACAUGGUGGGCGCACCGAAACACGCGGAGAAGGCUCUCAAGGCCGGUGUCGAUAUCGUCUGCGCACAAGGCACCGAAGGCGGGGGGCAUACGGGCGACAUCGCCAACAGCAUCCUGAUCCCCGCAGUCGUGGACGUGGCGAAGAAAUACAAGUCGCCGCUGACGGGCGAGCCGGCGCUGGUGGUAGCCGCGGGCGGGAUCUACGACGGGCGCAGCCUGGCCAGUUCGCUGAUGCAAGGCGCCGUGGGCGUGUGGGUGGGGACGCGCUUCGUGGCUGCAGAGGAAUCGGGGGCGAGCCGGCUGCACAAGGAGGCGGUGGUCAGCGCCGACUUCCUCGACACGCAGCGCACGCUGGUGGUUUCGGGCCGCCCACUGCGCAUGAAGCUGAACGACUACGUGCGCAAGUGGGAGAGCCAGCCCGAGCGCAUCAAGGAGCUCACGGACCGUGGCAUCGUCCCCAUGAUGUACGAUAUCGAGCAGGAAAAUGAGAUCGAUAUGCCCUUCCUCAUGGGCCAGGUCGCCGCCAUCAUCACCGACAUCAAGCCCGCCAAAGAGAUCCUCGAGGAUAUGGUCACCCUCGCCGUGCAGCAGUUGCGCAUCGGUUCCACGUAUAUCGAGAGUGCGAGGAGUAGUAAGCUAUGA